AUGGGGCUGCACGGCUGGCUCUGCCUGGUGCUCCCCUGGGUGCUGUGCCAGGGCACCAGCCGCACCCAGCCCGAGCAAGUGCAUCUCUCCUACCCAGGCGACCCCACCGCCAUGACCGUCACCUGGACGACCUUCGACCCGGCCGGCUCCAUCGUGGAGUUCGGCCCAGAGCCGGGCGAGGCCUUCACCACCUCCGCCAAGGGCCACGCCAGCCGGUUCGUGGACGGCGGGUGGUUGCGCCGCAGCAUGUUCAUCCACCGGGUCACCCUGCGGGGCCUGGCCCCCGGGCAGCGCUACGCUUAUCGCUGCGGGAGCCCGCUGGGCUGGAGCAGGCUCUACGGCUUCCGGGCUCUGCAGAAUGGCACCGACUGGAGCCCGCGUCUCGCUGUCUUCGGUGACAUGGGGAACAUCAACCCCCAGUCCCUGCCCAGGCUCCAGCGCGACACGCAGCAGGACAUGUACGACGCGAUCCUGCACGUAGGGGAUUUUGCCUAUGACAUGGACCAGUGUAACGCCAUGGUCGGAGACGCCUUCAUGCGCAAGAUCGAGCCCGUCGCAGCGUCGGUGCCGUAUAUGACGUGCCCGGGGAACCACGAGGAGAAAUACAACUUCUCCAACUACCGUGCCCGAUUCAGCAUGCCCGGUGACACGGAGGGCCUGUGGUACAGCUGGGACGUCGGCCCUGCCCACAUCAUCUCCUUCUCCACCGAGGUGUAUUUCUACCUGAACUAUGGCCGCCACCUCGUCCAGGAGCAGUACCAAUGGCUACAGAGAGACCUACAGGAGGCCACGCGGCCGGAUCGGCGCCGGCGCCACCCGUGGAUCAUCACCAUGGGGCACCGGCCCAUGUACUGCUCCAACAACGACCUCGACGACUGCACGCAGCACGAGAGCAUCGUUCGCCGAGGGCUCCCCCAACAUCUGUACGGCCUGGAGGACCUGUUCUAUAAAUACGGUGUCGACCUAGAGCUGUGGGCCCAUGAACACUCCUACGAGAGGCUGUGGCCUGUCUACAACUACCAGGUCUACAACGGCAGUGCCAAAUCGCCCUACACCAACCCCCGGGCGCCCGUCCACAUCAUCACCGGAUCGGCCGGCUGUAAGGAGAGGCUGACCUGCUUCGUCCCCAACCCACGGGAGUGGAGCGCCCUGCGCAUCGAGGACUACGGCUACACGCGCCUGCAAAUCCUCAACCGCAGCCACAUCUGGCUGGAGCAAGUGUCCGACGACCAGGACGGGAAAGUCGUGGAUGGGAUCUGGCUCAUCAAGGAGUUGCACGGCCCCAAAGCUUGGCAUUAGCCUGGCAGCAGGCCCCAGCCCUGAGUUGAGCAGAGCGACUGCGUCCCCAGGACCCCCUGAAAUCCUCGUUAUCUGGCUGGAGGCAGAGCUCCCUGCGGGGCUACAAACGAAUCUGAUCAAAUCCAAAGGCCGCUCUUGCAGGCCCUGAUGUAUGGCACUGGAAGGACACGCCUGCCCCUGCAGCUGGGUCUUUAUGAUGGUGAACAAGCGCUUUGUUGCAACUGAGCGUAUUGGGUCUCAGAGCACUUUAUACGGGUGGGGUUGUGUCCGUGUAUUCCCAGUUUAGAGACGGGGAAACUGAGGCACAGAGCAAGGAAGGACCUUGACCAAAAUCAUAGAUGUAGGGUGUCUUGCUUUCCAUUCGUCCCUGCCCUAAUCACUAGAUCCCAUUCCCCUCUCAGAGUCAGGAAUAGAACCCAGGAGUCCUGAUUCCCAGCCCCCUGCUCUAA